CGUGGAAACGUGGGUAAGAAGUAAGUACGGAAGCCGUCACACUUUACGGCGGAAGUCGGUUGACGUAAUCAGGGAGGUAGUUCCUGGUUGUUUUUUCCUUUAGCUUUCAGUCGAUCGUACGCUUUUACUCCGGCAAACCGGUCGCCAUCUGGAGUGUGUUGGGAGAACAGUUCUUGUGCCAACGGUUUCCCCAAGAGAGACCAGUGGUCUGUCUGUCACCAGUUUCCGGCGUGUGUUUGUGGCUCUGGUAACACUGAACAGGAAGACAGACGCAGAGAGACGUCUGAACUGAGAGAGGAAACUGCUGCGGCUUCUUCGUCAGCCUCAGAAUGACUGAGUUCUGGGUUUGUUUCAGCUGCUGCAUUGCAGAGCAGCCACAACCCAAACGGCGGCGACGGAUCGAUCGCUCCAUGAUCGGGGAGCCAACUAACUUUGUUCACACCACACACGUAGGCUCGGGGGACAUGGGCCUGGGAUUGUCAUCAGUGGACCUUGUUCAGGCCCAGAUGAAAUCUAAAGGGGGCUACAUGCAUGGAGGGUCUGAAGGUUCUCAGUUGUAACAAGCCCUUCACAGUCUUGUGGAAACUACUGUUGUUGAUAUGAGGAAGCAUUUUCAAAAAGCAGUUCUGUCUGUAACGGACGCAGGACCAAAAGAUGAAACUACUGCUUUUUCCAUAAUGUUGUAUAUAUUUUUAUUUUCCAUUCCUUUUUUUUUUUUUUUAUGAAAGCACUGCUAUCCAUUUGCUGCCAUACUGUUGCACUGUAAAGAGUAACUGUUAAGAAUACAUAAGAGGGUUUAGAAAGCUCAUAAUCUCAGUCAGACGUAUGCUUGUGUGUAUGCAUGAGGAAAAUAUUUUCACAAAUAUUUGCUGUUGUAGCCCAUUUGGAUGCCUGUAUUUAUUAUCUGAUUUGUAAACGAACCUCAUGGUGGCUGGGCCACGCUGGAGAUUUGGGACAUUCAGUUUCCUUCUUUAUUCUCAGAGGUUUAUCAAAGGACAGGUAGAGGUAGCAAGGCAAAAAGCGAUAUAUAUGUUCAUUUGUCUUUUUAUUCUGAGAAACACUCAUGAUUUUCUGAGUUGCUUUCAGGGUUGAAGAUCGCUGUCUUGUAAUAAACUUGAAAUGAGUAGAGUACACUGGAUCAUACAUUGUACACUCACACUUGCUUAGGAAUUUCGCAUUAAUUUCAACUGUUUUUUUUUUUUAUACUCAUUUAGAUUGAAGCAUAUAGAAUUUUAAUAAACUAUGAACUUCAUAUAAUCUGCCUUCUGAAGUCAUGUUCGUUAUUUGUUUUUACUGGUGUCGUUUGGCAGCUUGAUGCUGCAAAUACUAAGCUUAGCGGUUCCAAGAGGAUUCAUAUUUUUCUAUGUAUUUUCUUCUUUUCGAGGCUUGUGUACCAACAGUAGACCAAGAAUUAAACUUGGAAGUAACCAAAUCGCACUGCAAAACACGGCCACAAAUGUGGGUCAGGUUUGAUACAGUUAGCAGUAUUCUCCAACCUGUAAUCUACCUACUUAUGUCCAUUUUCUUUUUGGUUCAUUGUAACCCCCUCCCCCCCCCCCGCACACACAGUUUGUGUUACACACUGUGUCCUGUCAUGACAUCUUAUAUUUCUCUUGACAUAAAAUAAUCUUUCUGUAAUUAUCUUGUCCCUCCAGAGGUCCUAAUAGUUUCACGUUUGAAUCUGCUGACAGAUGCACCUGAAAGGCAUUCAACCUAAUGCGACCCACCUUUGUAGCAGUGUGUGUGUGUGUGUGUGUGUGUGAGGAAGUUGCUUCAGUUUUAAAAGAUGUUUUCAUGUGAUGUUAAAAUGAUUUUGUUCGAAAGCAUUUAAAAUGACAAAAGUCACUUCUCCUUUCUGAAGGAGAGGGGACUUUCUAUAAGGGGUUCCUCUCUUAGGGGAAAGUAAAUGAGUGCAGCUCUUAUUGCCUGAUUACGCUGGCUGUCAGCUGUGUUAGUAAUCAGAGUUAAUAUCCUCACUUUUUAUUGAACGGCUGGUACAGUUUUCCUUCAGUAUUGUCAUGUGUAGUCCAAAUUUCUAAAAAAAGAAAACCCCAGGCUCCAUUGGGAAAUACCUUGAUGAAAUCUUUGCAAAUGGUGACGGAGCGGCUGCAGUAAGAAUAUUAAAUGCGCGGCCCCUCCGACUGCUCAUCACUACUUACUGUCAUUCUAAAUGAAAAGGUCAAAGGUGGCGAGCAAACCAGCAGGCCUGGAUCCAUUAAUACGUGUGAUUAUUUGUCCUCCGUGUACAUCGUAUGAUUGACUAACAACAGAAUGUGUUGUAUUAAGUAAGUCGGGCAAAAGUCUUUGUAAAUUGGUGUUAAAUGGGUGCUAUUGUCAUACUAUUUAUGAUAAAAUAAUGAAAUAUUUGGUGUUGGUACCAGGCAGCACGAAUGACCUGAUAGCUAUAGUCACAUUUGUAAUAUCAUUUACAGCCUUAAAACUGCUGGUGACCACUCGCCCAGCGCAGAUUGAAUAAUGUGAUUCAUCGGGCUCGAUUAUUGUCGCAUAAGCGCAUCUGUUCCUCUUUAAAUGUGUCUGUACUAAUUCCUAUGUGAAAAGAGAUCCACACAUGUGUAGACUAGUUUGUGUUUUUCCAGCUCCGUGCUGAACGCUGUAGUGUGUGAAGACACGCUGGGAUUGCAGUAUAUCAUGUGACCAACAGGCUGUGCUGGCGGACUGGUUGAAUGUGACUUAAAAAAAUUGUUUCCUUUUGGGAUUCCUGUCAUUGGACUUCUUUUAUGAUGAUACUGUAAAUAUGUAACAUGAAAGUAAUGGAUCCAUGGUCUAUAUGUAUUCAGGGUCACACAUAUUUUAGGUUAUUUUUCUGUACAACAAUACUGGGAAGGCAGAGAAGUUGGACCAAUGUUUUUUUGUUGUCGUUUUCUUUCUCACUUUAAGGGAAGCUCAUCUGUCUUUUUUCUGCAUUUUUCAGAAUAAACAAUGAGAAAUAAAUGUUAAAUGUUGAUGUUUAACCAA